GAGAGAGAGAGAGAGAGAGAGAGUGUAGAAGGAGGUGGUGGAGGUGGAGGAGGAGGAAGAUGGCGGCAAAGUCGGACGGCAUGCUGGGGGUCGGCUCCGGUUUCGCCCAGCUGCAUAACCUGGACGAGGCUGUGGCCGCCGCUGCGGCUGGAGAGAGGGGGGGCGGAGGGGAGGACGGGGAGCCCGGAGAGAGCAGCUCCAUCCACAUCUGUCACUGCUGCAACACGUCCUCCUGCUACUGGGGCUGCCGGAGCGCCUGCCUGCGCUCCCUCCUGGGCAAGGGCAAAGGUGCGGGCAUGCUGGGCGGCCAGGCGGGGGGCAAGGGGGACAGGGCCUGGCUGGACUGCCUCUGGAUAGUGCUGGCCCUCAUGGUCUUCUUCUGGGACGUGGGCACCGACCUGUGGCUGGCAGCCGACUACUACAGCAAGAGGGACUACCUGUGCUCCAGCCUCACCCUGGGCUUCGUGUUGGUGCCCUCCCUACUGGUGCAGAUCCUCAGCUUCAGGUGGUUCGCCCAGGAUUAUACUGGCGGGGGGCUGGGGGCGGUGGAAGGGCUGAGCAGCAGGGGCCCCCCUAUGAUGGGGAGCAUUCACCACCACUACCAGCGGCAUCACCCUUCCUACACCGCCGAGAGGUUCUGCAGGAUCUCAGUCUGGCUCUGGCAGUCUGUCAUCCACAUCCUGCAGAUGGGGCAAGUGUGGAGAUACCUUCGAACUAUGUACCUGGGCAUCCAGAGCCAGAGGCAGAAGGAACACCAACGGCGCUUUUAUUGGGCUAUGAUGUACGAAUAUGCAGAUGUCAACAUGCUGCGCCUCCUGGAGACCUUCCUGGAGAGCGCGCCACAACUGGUGCUACAACUGUGCAUAAUGAUCCAAAAGAACCGCGCAGAGACUCUACCAUGUGUUUCCUCUGUGGCCUCCCUCAUGUCCCUCGCUUGGGUGCUAGCCUCCUAUCACAAACUCCUCCGUGACUCCAGGGACGACAAGAAGAGUAUGAGCUACAGAGGGGCGCUCAUCCACAUCUUCUGGCGACUUUUCACCAUCUCAUCCAGAGUUAUUUCCUUCGCCCUCUUUGCUUCCAUCUUCCAGCUCUACUUCGGGAUCUUCGUAGUGGUCCAUUGGUGCAUCAUGGCCUUCUGGAUCAUCCACGGCGGGACAGACUUCUGCAUGUCCAAGUGGGAGGAAAUCCUCUUCAACAUGGUGGUAGGAAUUGUGUACAUUUUCUGCUGGUUUAACGUCAAGGAAGGCCGGACUCGAUAUAGAAUGUUUGCGUAUUACACUGUUAUCCUGACGGAGAACGCUGUCUUGACGUUCCUGUGGUAUUUCUACAGAGAUCCCACCACUGACUCAUUUGCCGUCCCAGCACUGUGUUGUGUUUUUCUUUGUUUUGCUGCCGGGGUUGCAUUCAUUCUUCUCUAUUAUGGUGUUUUGCAUCCCACGGGGCCCCGCGCUAAGAUAUUCGCCAGCUCCUGUUGCGCUGAGUUGCUCUGGGGUAUUCCUUUGCCUCCCGACGUUGAACCCAUGGCGCCACAAACCCCGGGGUACCGCGGGGCCGAGGCCACACCAACCAGAGCCACCACGGAGCAACAGGAUGACCUUACUGCAGACACAUGCUUGCCAGUUUUCCAGGUGAGACCAAUGGUGCCAACUACUCCGUCGGGGCGACCUUAUUACCCGGAAGGGCCGCUGAUAAAGAUCGACAUGCCAAGGAAACGGUAUCCAGCGUGGGAUGCGCAUUUUGUAGACAGACGCUUGAGAAGGACUAUCAACAUUCUCCAGUACAUCACCCCCUCUGCCGUAGGCAUUAGGUACAGAGACGGCCCUCUCUUGUACGAGUUACUACAAUACGAGUCUUCUCUCUAAAGCUCCACCUACAGAGGAACCUUAUUUUUGUUUACGAAAAAAAAAAAGAAGAAGAAAAAAAAAAAAAAGACCCGCGGCUCAAUGAAAAAUAACAAAGGCCCCCCGCGAGCGGAAGCUUCCGCCGAGCUUCUCUCUCUCUCUCUCUGGCGGCCAUCUGUACACAAAGAUAUUCUCUAUGUUUUGUAAGUAAAAAAACAAACAAAAAAAGAACUUGGAGCGACGUACGCGCAAAGAGUCGGUAUCGAGACAUCCAUACUAAGUUCUAGGGCGGAGGGAAGGGUUCUUCCGCUCAGUGUUUUAUACAUUAUACACCAAGUGUAGAGAAUUUAUGGGAUUGGUGCUGUUAGAACAAACUAACCUUCAACUGCCUUAUGCCCUUUGGUGCUGAGUUUCAUUAAGUACUGUCACCUUUCUAAUGCAAAAUCGGUGGUUAUCAGUCAGGAAGCGAUCGAGCCUCUCGUCCGGCUGUUUCUCGGGGGGCGCGGUGUGGAGGAACGUAGAGCCGCACAUGAUGAAUGUGCCUCGACAGGGACAUAGAAGGAAGGGGGGAGGGGGUUUCCAGUCUUCUUUAACCCUUUCGCUGGCGGCCCUCCCGCCGGCAGCCGAAGGGUUAACACCGUAGGCGAAUUCUAAAAAAAAACAAAAAACGGUAUUUCUCUUUCCGGAAAUGGCAAACAAAAACCGUUGAGCUUUGAUCAUUGGAAUAUACAAAAAUACCCAAAGCGACACCACUCAGUAAUAAUAAAACUCAGCAAGGUAGCAAAAA